GUCAUUACAUUACGACACGAUUGCGCCCGAUGCGCGUCCGAACGCCUCGAUGAGACACGAACGUCGUUCGAAACGGAGAGAAGGGCGAUGUUGUACUCAGCGAAGAAAGACAGCUGUCGCUUCAUUUUCAGCUGAUUUUUGUGUACGCUUCGAACUGCACUCGCGUUUCAAGAGUUUCGUAACGAGAAAGAGUUUUAAGAUCGCUACUCCGAUUUCGCUUCGCAGACAAAGGGCAUAAAAAGGGAACAAUCGAGAAGUACAGCUCACCGUGACGAACAAAGGGAGAUGGUCCAUUGAGCGCGGGUGGUGCGUAGUGGACUGUCGUGACGUCAGAGCGCGAGCGUCGCCGGGGCGUCGGGCGGUCAGCAGCGCCAGCACGGGCCGAUGCGGCGCGCGCGGGACUGAGCUCGGCGCUCGGGGCAGCGCGGCGCUCUCGCUCCGCCAGCCUGGCCUCCACUGACUCGGGCGACGAGGGCGCCGGGCACCGGCCGCCGCGCAAGCGGUCCCGCAGGCUGUCGCCGCCAGCGCCCGCCAUGCAGCAGCCCACGGCCAACGGCCAAGCGGCCCACGUCAAUGGUGACGCUGACCGCAACGGCGCCCCGCCAGCGCCUGGCACGCGCAUGGCCCAGACUGAUCAAGAAAUUGUUCGCCUCAUAGGCCAGCACCUGCUCUCUAUUGGCCUUGAACGCAGCGCCGCCCUGGUGAUGGAGGAGUCGGGGCUACACCUGGAGCACCCGGCGGCCGCCACGUUUCGGGCGCACGUGCUGGCCGGCGACUGGGGCAAGGCCGACCACGAGCUGCGCGCGCUGCACGCGCUGCUGCAGGGCGAGCAGCUCGACCCGCACUCACUUGCGGAGAUGAAGUUCGUGGUCCUCGAGCAGAAGUACCUCGAGCACCUGGAAGCCGGGCGCGCGCUCGACGCGCUGCACGUGCUCCGGAACGAGCUCACGCCGCUCGGGCACGACACGGCGCGCGUGCACCGCCUGUCGGCGCUCAUGAUGUGCGCCGACCCCGCGGAGCUGCACCAGCGCGCUAGAUGGCCGGGUGCCGGCGCGGACAGCAGAGCGCGUGUGUUACAACGCGUACAAGCAGUUCUGCCGCCGGCACUCAUGAUGCCGCCACACCGGCUGCGCGCGCUGCUCGCGCAGGCCGCUCAGGCACAGGUGGCCCGCUGCCGCUUCCACGCAGCACCGCGGCCGCCGCCCGACUGCAUCCCCUUCAGUCUGCUGCAGGACCACCAGUGCUCGCCCGACUCCUUCCCCAUACAUCCCCUGCAGGUUCUAAACGAGCACUGCGACGAAGUGUGGUACUGCAAGUGGUCCCCCGACGGCAGUAAGCUCGCCUCGGGCUCCAAAGACAACACCGUCAUGAUCUGGGACUACGACCCGCAGGCGCGGCGCCUCGCCUUCAGGAAGUCGUUGGAAGGGCACUCGUACGGCGUGUCGUACCUGGCCUGGAGCCCGGACGGGCGCUGGCUCAUCGCGGCCGGCCCCGAGGACUGCCCGGACCUGUGGAUAUGGAACAUGGAGACGGAGACCCUGGCGACGAAAAUGUCGCACUCACAAGAGGACUCGCUGACCGCCGUGGCGUGGCACGCGGGCUCCGACAAGUUCGUGUGCGGCGGCGCGCGCGGCCAGUUCUACCACUGCAGCAAGGAGGGCCAGCUGCUGAACAGCUGGGAUGGCGUGCGCGUGAACGCGCUGGCCACGCGCAGCGACGGGCGCGGCGUGCUGGCCGCCGACACGCACCACCGCGUGCGCCACUACGACUUCACCGACCUCACCGACUGCAACCUAAUCCAAGAAGAGCACGCGGUGAUGGCGCUGUGUGUGGACGCGGCCGACUCGCUGCUGCUGCUCAACGUGGCCAACCAGGGGGUGCAUCUCUGGGACAUUCGUGCCCGCGCGCUAGUGCGCCGGUUCCGCGGACUCUCGCAGGGCCACUUCACCAUCCACGCGUGCUUCGGCGGCGCGCGCCAGGACUUCGUGGCCAGCGGCAGCGAGGACAACAAGGUAUACAUCUGGCACAUUUCCGGCGAGGAGCCCGUGGCGGUGGUGGCGGGGCACUCACGCUGCGUCAACGCCGUGGCGUGGAACCCCGUGCACCACGACGUGCUCGCCUCCGCCUCCGACGACUACUCGCUGCGGCUGUGGGGCCCGCGCUGCUAGUAAAGCGCGCCCGCCGGGAGCGCCUCGCACGACAACCGACCUCCACCACAACCAAGCAUCGACAUCCUCAAGCAAAGCAAGACUGAUACCAACUAAAGAUAAGUCUAUCGACUUUUCUCUUACUCGUUCAUCGUGUUGCCUCAAUAAAAAACUAUGAUUUGAGUACCUCAAAAAUAAGAUUGUAACAAGAGACAUAGUUGUUAAUCGCCAAUAAUAUAAUACUAUGAUUUUGGACGCCAUUAUAGUAUAUAAUCGAUACGAAACGAUAGACGCUGUCCCCUAACUAGAUCUAAUCCUAGAACUAGGGACAAAAAACAAAUAUCUAACAUCGUAAUAAAUAGUGGAGGUAAGAAAAUGCGGUGAAACGUGAUUCUAAACUCUGUUAAAUUUUUGUACAUAAUACCGAAACGCAAACAACAAAUUCUAUACUACACUGUAAAGUAAAUGAGUCGUUACUGUAUCAAUAUGUAUUUUGUUUUCACAUAUUUAUAUUCGAAACUAACUUUUUGACCUUUGGUGUAACAGAUCUUCCGUCCAAUAAGACAAGAGUUUUGACUCCUAUUGUGUUUGUUAUUUAUAAUUUCAUAAACGAUUAUAAAUAACGAGGUAGGAGCUUUUAUAUUUUGUUCCUAAUUGCGUAUUUUCAAUCACAAUCACCCAACAGUUGUCAACGCAUUUCAAUGUAUUGCUUGUAAUUAACUUACUUGUAAUUAUGGAUGAUCCCAUGGCGGGUGUUAAAGGUACCAAUUAUGUCAUUCAAAAUGUUCACUAACAACACUGGCCCAAACAAAAAACUACAGCAAAAUGUGAUACCACAUUCAACAUGAUGUUUAUUGAAGACUCGCAUAGUACUUUAUUACUGCAUUAAAGCCCCAUUUAGACGAAUCAAGAACUUGCAUUCUCAUUUCGCUACUUUACGGUAUUUGGUCGAUCGACUGAAUUCAUCUCUGUAGUUAUAUUAUAACAGAUUAGGUCCCGAACCGAAAAAAUCAUCUCAUAAAAUGCAUACUAUAGCAAUGUCAUCUGUCAAAAUGGGGAGUAAAACUUGUGUAAACUCAUCGUUCAAGUCGGCGGGCGAAGCGCUCGAUUUAUUAUGACGUAUUACGCGGCUGCCAAAUAUUUAGUAUCAAUUUAAUUGUCGAUCGUAUAAUUUAAACCAAGUUAAUAUGGCUUGUGAGGAGUCCCGUCGGAUUCAUUUUAAAUACCAAAUUCGAGACAAUUUCUCGGCUUUUGUAACAAUUUGCUUGGAAAUUUAAUAACUAAGAAGGGCGUUUACAGGCUCGCCUGUCACUACAACCUUAUCGCGCAGAAAAAAUGUCGCAAUUUGAAAUAAUGCUUAGUACUUGGCAACACAAUAUGAAUUUCCUUCGUAACUAAACAUUAACUUUUUAAAGAAUCAUGUGCAAUACGCGUGCCAUUCCUAGUGCAAUAUUUCAAUUUAUAUAUAAAAAUGUUUUCGGCGGGAAACACAAUUGCUGACUUGUCAAAGAGUGUUCGGAUCUAUAAUAAAUUGUAUUUUGUACUUACGAUACUAAUGACAUGUUAUCUUCACUGUAACUUAGCUUUCGCUACGUAUAACUGAUAUCCGAACGCUCUUCUAAUUAAAUUUAAAACAUGUUAUGAAACAUAACUAUGUAUAACUUAUUUCUUUGGACUUGUAUCGUACAAUAAUUGUGAAUUGAAGCUCCGACAUUCCUAGUUGCAGGAGCAUUCAUAAAAACUAAAUUGUGCAGUCUUAUUUUCUAUAAAAGCCAUAGUUUCAUACUGCUAAGGAUUUUCUGCAACUGGAUGCUAGGUAACCGGAGUGUGGGGUUGAGAUUAUGAGUGAUCAGAUACGUAGGUUAACUAGGGUUAGACGAGGACCGUGUACCAUAAACCAUAAGGCAAUACACAUGUCUAAUAUUCUAUACAAAUAUCUAAAUAAACUACAACAACAGAUCAAGUAGUAGUUUCAAAUAGGUAUUAUCGCUGAAGUAUCUACGAUUUCUGUGAGAUCUUUUCCAUACAACCCUUCUGUAACGUCGAUAUUGAAUCACAUUACAAGUCGAUUGAAAUCUUACGGCGAAUAAUUACAGUUAUAACAGCUGUGCGCUUUACAGGGACAGAUAAAUAACUUAUACCUGUCCUUCUCAGUAGAAAGUGUACCAAAAAAAGAAAGAUGUAGUUAGCUUUAGGUCUCAAGAGGAAAGGGAACGAAGUCACGUGACGGUUUCUCCAUACAAACGUCCUUAUUUUCCUCUCUGAAUAUUAACAUUAUAUAAAAUAUUAUUACGCAAUUUGAUGUAUAAUUAACCAUUGCUAUACACCUUCGUUUUUUUUACUAUUACGAGAGGCUUUUAAAAAAUUGUUUUACUCUUUAUAAUAAUCAUAAAAUCCAAAAAAGUGAAACGAAUCUUAGCUAAAAAAAAAUUUGUAAACAUAUUUUCCAUAAUAUCAAUAUCCAGCGAAGAAAAUGGGGACUACGUUUGUAUGGAGAAGCGGUGACUAUCGUCUUGAAUAUGCUCAAUUCAAUCUGAUGUAGAUGUUGUUGGUGUAUGAUGGUCGCGGUCCUCAUUCGCAUAGGGUCUCCGGGCGUGUUUGUGACGUAGGCGUAGGAACCAAACGACUGAUAGUUUAUCGAUUAGAUUCGAUGGCGGCGAGUUGGUUUCUUUAUAAUUAGUUUUAACUAAAUCGAAAGUAAUUAGCUAUCUUACUUGUAAGACGUGUACUAACGUACAUUUACUUUAAACGGGCGACUUAUAUAUUUUCACGAUAUUCAUGCAUUAUUUCAACAAAAACAGACGGUAUAUUCUUUAUUUAUUGACCUUUAUGUAUGAAAUAUGAAUAUACGCGUUCAAGUUCUGAGUUUUGUUAAAAUAAUGAAUUAUGAACGAAAAUCAUGAACUAACCGAAGACUUGGUUUCAUAAGAAGUCUCAUACUUACAUAACUGGUUGAGAGAGAUGCAGCUAUUUCGUAAAAUGAGUGGUUAUAUUCCCACGGUGUGUUUUCCACGUAUAUUAACAUUGAACUGUGUCAUUUAAGGCGAGAUAUGUAAUGCUUGAGACCUACCUUAUAUUUAUUUUAGUGAGUAUUUCAAUUGAAAGUGAACUUAAAAUAUCAGUAAAAUUAAGGAUGGUUUAACGUAGGACCCGCGGGCUUUACUAAAAGCGACCUUAUCGUGCGGUUGUUAUGGUUUUAAAUGAAAUGGCGGGCAAGCCAAGACAUUAAGUAUGAUAGUCAGCUAAGGUAUUUGUAGCGAUCUAUCCACUCUAUUUUUGUACCGACCACAACCUCCAAGCUUAAGCCUAGGAGUUUCGUUUUUCUAAUACAUGUCGGCCUAUCAUGCGAUGUAUUUAACUGCUAUAUAGUCUGUUUAUUACGUUAUAUUACUAUAAUAAAAACGAAUGAACUAAUUGAUAGUGUUACUCAAAAAUACUGACAGUAUCAAAUUUGUUGCUUUUAUUAUUAACAGCGCGCAGGGCCCGGUUUUUAAGGAUGCGCUAUGGAAAUUACAAUAUUUGUCUAUGUUACUUAAAAAGUAUCCAGUAGAUUGCAGUGAUAGCACGCAUGUUAGGCCGGGAGCCUGUUUCAUCAAGCUGCUCUCGAAAUAUUGCAUUGUUAGUUUUCAACAUUCGCUACAAUUUUUAUUGGCAUUCAUGUACCAAUCUAUAUUUUUGCGGCACUUCAGAUUUUAACGCCAUCUUUAACGGACUCAUUUCUGUUCUUUGAUUGGCAUACUGCUCAAUUAUUCUCCUUAAUACUCACUAAUUGUAUAUGUAACAUAUGUGAAGAAUUCAGAGUAGCUUAAUAAAGCAGGGCAUUCUUAGCUUUGUAAAUAUAUCUAAUGUGAGGAUAUUCUACAUUCUAAAUUGUAUCGGUAAUGAUAAUAGGAUCGUCCCGGCGGCCUCCGCUUUCAAAAUUAUGUGUGAACAUUUUUAAGUGCUUUUAUUUCGAAUAAUUUAUAUUUAUACAGCUUACUUUAAAGUUAGGGCUCCGGGACUGGCAAUAAUGUGUGUCGUAGGAAGUACAAAGGAGUAAGGUCACGGUAGAAUAGCUGAGGGCCCGCGCCCCUUUCGAUUGUUAUAAAUAAAUAAUUAUUAUAUCAAUAAAUUUUUUAUUGUAAAGUA